UGAGAAGAGUGACUCAGACAAGAAAUAUCGAGGAGAGCACUCUGACAGCACCCAGGACAGCAAAACAACGGGUGGCAGCUUCCUUCCAGCUUCCACAUACACUUUCUGCAAUUCUGAAGUUUGCUGCUGGAGCCAAAUAGCUUCUAAACUGGUAAGUAGAAAGACAAUCAGGGAAAGAGUGGGAUUGUGUGAAUGAGAGUAAUGUGAUUUGGUGUUGCUACAGUGUCUACUUAAUGUCCCUGUGGAACUGCUUUGCUGGUUUGAAGUACAGUAUAAGUACAAGGAGCCAGUGUGGUGUAGUGGUUAAGAGCGGUGGACUCGUAAUCUGGUGAACCGGGUUUGAUUCCCCGCUCCUCCACGUGCAGCUGCUGGGUGACCUUGGGCUAGUCACACUUCCUUGAAGUCUCUCAGCCUCACUCACCUCACAGAGUGUUUGUUGUGGGGGACAAGGGGAAAAGGAGAUUGUUAGCCGCUUUGAGAUUCCUUAGGGUAGUGAUAAAACGGGAUAUCAAAUCCAAACUCUAUAGCAUAUUUACAGCAACUGCUGUUGUUUCGCUUGCCUUCCCUCUUGCUCCCCUCCCUGACUUAAUGCAACUCCAGGAUCGUGGUGAAGCACUAGAAAUCCUCCAAUGGGGGCUAUAGUCUGACUUCAUCCAAAUAUUUGCUGUUGCAUUGUCUCUUCAUUACAUGAUUAUGAAUUUGUUCUUAUGGUGGUUUGCAGAGAAGGGGUAGUGACAUAGCUGUCAACUUACAGAUUUGAAAAUAAGGGAUCAGCAGCCAAAAUAAAGGAUCAACAAUUACUUUGAUAAAAUACAUAUUUUGUUGCAUGCAAAUGGCUUUAGAUACCUAUUAGGUCCAUAAAUUACCAUAUAGCAUAUAUUCAACACACACAAAAAACAGCAACAAUUUGUUGUUGACAAAGGACAGCUGGACAUAGAAAGGGCCCCAUUACCUUCAGUAGCUUAUUUAAGGGACAUCAUCAAUAAGGGACAGCAGCGGGACAUGGCGCUGGGAUAAGGGACUGUCCCGCCAAAUAAGGGACGCUUGACAGCUAUGGGUAGUGAAGAGUGGAAUUAUGGGAUGGAAGGGAGAAAAGUCAAAGAAGGGGGUGGGGGCCAUGUUUCAAAGACUGUGAAAGAACAUUGAAGGAAUGUGGGCACAUCAAACAGAAGGCCAUGGCUGAGCCACGUUUUUCAGGGAGGGAGCCUGAAAGACUGAAUCAAAUAGAUCCAACUACUGUCAUAUCAGAGCUCAGCUGGGGCCCGGCUGCCAGUUCCGACUCUCCUGACCUUGGACAGGAGAGUCCAGGUCCUGCUGUCUUGAAGGAAGAAAUGGGCGAUGGUCAGCCACAGAGAAAUGUCCCACGCCAGAGAAGGUAAAAACAAAUAAAAUGUUGCCCCAACUCUCUCUCCAGCUUGCUGCUUUUCCUCUGGCUCAUAUCCCUGCAACUUUCUGUCCUCAACUCUGGUUUUGUCUGUUGAGGGAGGUGGCAAAAUUCAUUUUCCAUCUGGCACAAGCUGCUUAAUACCCCAUUGCCUCGCCAGGAAGCUACCUUGGCUAUUCCAGGAAUUAGAAGGCUUGGUUAGCUUUUAACACUUGCUGGAUCCAGGGAUUAGAGGAGUCUGGCAUACAGCUUAACACACACACACCCCAAAUUUAUAAUGCUAUUUUUUGGGGAGAAUCAGGAAAUCACAGGCCCAUGCACUUAAUGUGUAUCUCACAUAGAUUUGUGGAAAGCAUUACAAAACCUAGAAUUACUAAGCAAAUAAACAAACAAACCAGGAAGAGGAAAAUGACACAUACUUUCAAAAAACAAAAACAGUCUUUCUGAAUCCUUCUUAACAAACAUGUAGAUAAAGCUGAUCCAUUAAACAUUACUCUCUCUCUCUCUCUCUCUCUCUCUCUCUAUAUAUAUAUAUUCUUUUGCAAAAUCCCUUACCAAAAAUACUCCCACAUUUGAACUCAUGCAGGAGCAGGUUUCCUCCAAUUUACUAUUUGAAGAACAAAGUAUAAAAGUAAUCAUCAUCAUCAUAAUUUUAUUAGUACCCUGACCAUCUGACUGGGUUGUCCCAGCGACUCUGGAUGGAUUCCAACAGGAUAUACAAACACGGUAAAACAUCAGACAUUAAAAACCUUCCCUAUACAGGGCUGCCUUCAGAUGUCUUCUGAAUGUCAGUUAGCUGUUUAUCUCCUUAUCUGAUGGGAGGGCGUUCCACAGGGCGGGUGCCACUACCGAGAAGGCCCUCUGCCUGCUUCCUUGUAACUUCACUUCUUGCAGUGAGGGAACUGCCAGAAGGUCCUUGGUGCUGCUUCUCAGGGUCUAGACAGAGCAAAAUUGGGAGAAAUAUGCAGUGGGGUCCACCAAGGGAUUAUUUCUACUGGAUUUAUUCAGUAAUGACUGUUGAGUUUGGGAAGAGGGCAAAGGGGAACACAACAGCAAAGCAUUGUUUAUUGUUUUAAAAAACGACAACAACCCCCAAGCAGAAUACAGUGGUACCUCAGGUUACAGAUGCUUCAUGUUACAGACUCUGCUAACCCAGAAAUAGUACCUCGGGUUAAGAACUUUGCUUCAGGAUGAGAACAGAAAUUGUGCGGCUGCUGCGCAGCGGCAGCGGGAGGCCCCAUUUGCUAAAGUGGUGUCUCAGGUUAAGAACAGUUUCAGGUUAAGAACAGACCUCCAGAACGAAUUAAGCUCUUAACCCAAGGUACCACUGUAUAAAGCGCUUCCAACAGCAGAGCAAUUUAAGAUAGGAGAAACUGGGCAAUAAAAUGGCAAGAGCAGUUCAGUUUGAGUGAAUGCAAAGUGGGUCACAUCUUCACAUUUACUUGUGAUGGAGUCUGAGAACUAGCUGCAACCAUCAAGGAAAGAGAUGUUUCACGGCGGCUAGCUCAAAGGAGAUCCAGUGGGACCACCAAACAACAAAGGAGUGCAAGGAAUAAUAAGAGCAAUGCGGAUAGAUUAGAAAGACCCACAUUCCGAUCAAGCAUGUUCUUUUGUUUAAGGAAUCAUCCCGAAGCAAGAGCAAAUGAAGGACCUGCAAUGCAAGGUGUGUAUGAAAGGCCUUACGACACUGUGAGACACUGGAAACAAAAUACUACUGAAUAGGGGGACCUCAAUAUACUAUUGAAUAUUGGAGGACCACGUUACAGUGGUACCUCGGGUUACAUAUGCUUCAGGUUACAGACUCCGCUAACCCAGAAAUAGUGCUUCAGGUUAAGAACUUUGCUUCAGGAUGAGAACAGAAAUCGUGCUCUGGUGGCGCGGCAGCGGCAGGAGGCCCCUUAGCUAAAGUGGUGCUUCAGGUUAAGAACAGUUUCAGGUUAAGAACGGACCUCCAGAACGAAUUAAGUUCUUAACCCGAGGUACCACUGUAUAUCUAUAUCAAGUUUUUUAAAAAAUAGCACAUGAUAGAGGAGCAGGUUGAUUACACUGCUGCUCUGUCCGUCUUCAAAAGAGGUCCGGGCAGGAGAACAUUUGAGUGGGGAAGACCAGCAAGAAGCCACUUUUGAUUUACCAGAGCUGUCACAUUCCAGCACGGGGGAUGGGGGGGGGGGACAGCAUGAAUAUGCAUGCUUUUAUGCCCAAUCAUCUGUGAUUUUUCUACACAAGAUGGGGAGAAAGCUAAGAAACCAGAAGAUAUCACAGAACUGUUUAACAUUUCAAAAGCAAAAAAAACCCCUGGCUUAUGUAGUGUCAUAAAGGGGGGGAGGGGGGAAUCAGAUGGAAACAUGUUUGGUGCCUGAGGCAGAGCAGCAAAAAUAACAGCAACUAUAAUACAUUCAGUGAUGAAUAAUUUGCACCCUCUCUCAUGAUAUCCAAAACUGGCUGCCUAACAGUAGGGCCGGCCGUGCUGUUAGGUUAAAUCAAGCGUACUUCUGUGCAUUUGCAGUUUCCCUCGUUUUCUUACAGUUUGGUAGUUCCUCCCCUCCCCAAAUUUGUUCAUUUUGUUCCUAUGACCAGAACUGCAAAAUGCCACUGAGAUAAAAUAAAUUAUAUAUUCUCCUUGCCCCAUUCUAGGCAUUAGCACGGCCCUCCUCAUUUGUCUGUUUUAUUUCCUUUCAGAGAAUCAACAAAGAACUAUUAUCAUAGCUGUAAUCAUAAGCAUCCUAUUCAUAGUUUGGUGGGCAGGUGAGUUUUCUGAAUUAUUAUUAUUUUUUAGUGCUUUGUUCUAGGCCUCUGCCCGCUGGCCAUUGCCCCCUGCUGCUGGUGGGUGCCAGUGCUGGGUCUGCCAAGUGGAGAUGCCACAGCAACCCCUGCUCAGCUACCCUAGGGAAGAAAUGGCAAGGGCUGUCCUCUGGGGUCUCCUGGCAUGAUUCAGAUCCCUUUCCCCAUCACAACGAGCCUUUGAUUCCCACUUCAACCAUCAGCUGAGGUUGAUUUGAUUUCCCUCCCUGCUUGUUCCUGAUGUAUAUCUUCACUCACCCCUUCUUCCCUGUCAGGAAGGGACACACCAUUUUGUAGUUCGCCUCAGGUGGCAAAAUGUCUUGGGCUAGGUGUGAAUGUAAGGGGGGUGGAAUUCUGCACAAAUAUUCAUCAUUUUAUGAUCAUAUCUACUCAUAUUUUAGCAUUGGUAAUCUAAUAAUAAUAAUAAUAAUAAUAAUAAUAAUAAUAAUAAUAAUAGAGGCAAGUUCAGAGGAGAGUUUUCUUUCUCUUACAUUUGCAGCACAGUAUACUAAUCAGCCAUACAGUGAGGUGUCAUCUGUUCGAGCCUGUCCAGAUUCGUGGAUCAACUAUGAGGGAAAAUGCUACUUUUUCUCAGAGGAAAAAGGAGAUUGGGCUUCCAGUCAGAUAUUUUGUGAUUCACAUAAUUCCGUCCUGGCUGUGAUUGACAGUGAGCAAGAAAAGGUACGUCCAACCAAUGACAUUUGAGAGGCUAUUAAGUCUGUGAGAUAAUUACUGCUAUACAGCCCUGACAGAAACACAAAGUCAACUCUUGAUUCAUCUUGAAUCGUCAUAACUUGGGACAUGAGCAAAUUCUCCAUCUCAGCCGCCGGGCAACCAUUUUGUUUGCCAUGUUUUCAAAUAUAUUGAUAUGCAGGAUUUUGGAAAGGUGACGAAGGACUAGGAUGUCGUUGGGUCACCUAUGAUGUACAUCAUUGUAGAUAAAUGUUUAAACAAGUAUUACAGUGAGCAGGGCUGAUGGUAAUACAGAAUCCAUGUACAGUGGUACCUCGGGUUACAAACACCUCAGGUUACAGACUCCACUAACCCAGAAGUCAGGUUAAGAACUUUACCUCAGGAUGAGAUCAGAAAUUGCGCACCGGCGGCGCGGCAGCAGUGGGAGGCCCCAUUAGCUAAAGUGGUACCUCAGGUUAAGAACGGACUCUGGAACAAAUUAAGUUCAUAACCAGAGGUACCAUUCUCAUCCUGGCAAAUACAGAGUGCGGCCACCACAUCACCCACCCCAUGCUGCUGCUGUAUAGGCAGCCAGCUAAGAUCAGCUUCACUACAGAAUCAUGGAAUCACACCAACAUAGAGGGAUAAGAAGGGAUUUCUUUGAAGUCAGCAGUUCUAAAUCUGAAUUUUGUGUGGCUUUAAGGCAUUCAUUCUGCGCUACAUCAGGGACACUGGUCACUGGAUUGGCCUGAGGAAGGACUCUGGACAAACCUGGAAAUGGGGAAAUGGGCAAGAAUUCAAGAACAUGUGAGUCCUUGUUCUCUUCAGUGUCUGGACUCUGGGAUGGAAACCAACAAGUAGCCUGACAAUUGCCUAGAAACAGAUCUGCCAUUGUUCCACAUUUGGACAUGGAUAUAAUAUUUCUUAGAUACUAUUAGAUGUUAACCCAAUUCUCAAACUAAUGUACCACAAAGGGAUGUGGUUAGGGAGGGUUGGGAUCAAAAUUGUGAUGGGUGGGUGUGGGGAAUCUUGUGGAACAACCAAUGGAAUAGUGAAUGAAGAAGGAAGGGUUCAUGUUUCCUGCCUUGGAAAGAUCAAACUAGCCCUGACCAUGCAGAGAAGAGAAGUAUGUUGUGUAGAUAUGAAGUAAACACAGAGAGUUAGCAAAAUAUCUUUUUUAUUAUUUGUAAUGAGUUCUAGCACAACUUUCACCAGCUCAUUGCAGAAGCUUACAUACACAAAAUAAAAAUGCAAUAGCACUAGAAACCUGUUACAAGUAGAACCACAGCAACACUGUAAUCAGGACAAAACAGCAUGCUUAAAUGUUUAUUAAAAAGUAGGCAAGAUUAAGUAGAAGAAGAGUUUGGAUUUUAUAUCCUGCUUUAUCACUACCCGAAGGAUUCUCAAAGCGGCUAACAUUCUCCUUUCCCUUCCUCACUCACAACAAACACUCUGUGAGGUGAGUGGGGCUGAGAGACUUCAAAGAAGUGUGACUGGCCCAAGGUCACCCAGCAGCUGCAUGUGGAGGAGCAGGGAAGCGAACCUGGUUCACCAGAUUACGAGUCCACCGCUCUUAACCACUACACCACACUGGCUCCCAAGUGAGGAAUAUCUGUGAUUUUAUACAUAUGUCCAUUUAAAAUGGGAAGAUGAAGGACCUUGUUGACAUACUUUCCCAUUUCUAGAUGGAUAUUAAAAAAAAUAUUUUUAAAAUUGUAUAAUAGACAACUGGGAGAGAAUUCUCUAACUGCUGGUGCCAGCACCAAGGAGGCCCUACCUCUUAUCACUAAAGAGGGACCACUGUAGUCAGUCUUAAGGUUCCUAUGAGCACAGACAGAAGUACAAUACAUCUGUGCUCUGAGAUAUGUCAUUCUGGACACUUUCCUCUUUCUGUGAAACAGAGAAUGGCCCCUUGGCUUGAUUCUGUUUUCUUGGUUCUUUUGCUGCAGGUUGGAGCUGAAAGAAGACGGAGAGUGUGCAUUUCUGAGCACUGACAUUGACGUGUCAGAUUGUCAGGUAGCAAGAAACUGGAUCUGUAGCCAGCCUGAUACUUAUACAAGGAGCAGAAGUUAGGGCACCAUCCUAACCCAAGAUCCACUGGGGUGAACAGGCAACAUAGGAGAUCCAAAUGAGAACUCCAGCCAGUAAUCUGGUCUCUGCACUUUUGGACCAACUAAAUUUUCCAAGUCUUCAUCAAGUGCAGCUUUUCCUCUCUUUGAAACAGAGAAUGGCCAGCUUGGCUUAAUCAUGCUGUUGUCUUGGGUCUUUUGUUGGAGGUGAAAGAAGAAAAUCAAGUGUGCAUUUCCAUGUAAUAAACCAAAUCCUUACAACUUC